AUGUCAAGCUCCGAUGAAUUGAGUCUUAGAGAUAGGCAAAUAGCCUUGAUCGAGAAGAUGCUAAUGUUCAAUAAGGAAACGUCAACAUACGACUUGACCUCUGGGUUGGACGGUCAGGAAGUUGUGUGGAAAGUACUUGUCUUAGAUGCUAAAAGUACAGCUAUUGUUUCAUCCAUUUUAAGGGUUAAUGACCUGCUGAAAUCCGGCGUCACGGUUCACAGCUUAAUUCAACAGAAAAGGUCACCACUGCCAGAUGUUCCAGUGGUCUACUUCGUGCAGCCAACACAGGAGAAUAUUAACGCUAUCGUUCAGGAUCUAAUUGAGGAUAAAUAUGCUGAGUUUUACAUCAACUUCACUUCGGUUCUUAAUCGUGAACUUCUGGAGGAUUUGGCCAAACAAGUGUCAAUGACUGGUAAAACGGACCGUAUAAAGCAAGUUUAUGACCAGUAUGCAGAAUUCGUUGUUACAGAACCCGAGUUAUUCUCAUUAGAGAUGCCCUCUGUUUUUCAACAACUCAAUGACCCCGAGAGUAGCGAGAGUGUCAUUACUCAGUUGUGUGACACUAUUGCCAAUGGCUUAUAUGAUGCUGUUAUGACCGUGAACUCUAUACCAAUUAUUCGUGCGCCUAAAGGAGGCUCUGCUGAGCUCGUGGCCCAGAAACUGGAAAGCAAGCUGCGGGACUACGUGAUAAACACUAGAUCUAAUACAGAGUCAACCGCAAAUUCCCUAGAAAGAUUCGUAUUGGUGAUACUUGACAGAAACAUCGAUUUAGCGUCAAUGUUCGCUCAUUCAUGGAUUUAUCAAAGUUUAGUAUUUGACGUCUUCAAGUUGGCAAGAAACACCAUUACAAUCCCUACCAAGACCAAAGAUGGUCAAGAAAUCGAGAAAAAGAUGGAUAUUGACCCAAAGGAUUUCUUCUGGCUAACCAAUUCCCACUUGCCCUUCCCAGAUGCUGUGGAGAAUGUUGAGGCUGCACUAGCUUCUUAUAAAGCAGAAGCAGAAGAUAUCACAAGGAAGACAGGUGUAAAUGAACUUAGUGACUUGGACCCAAAUGCCAAUAAUGACACUUUGAACAUACAAGAUGCUGUGAACAAAUUGCCGGAGCUGACCUCAAGAAAAGCUAUCAUUGAUACGCACAUGAGCGUGCUGGCGUCACUUCUGUCACAACUUGAGAGUAAAGGAUUAGAUGCAUUCUUUGAAAUUGAACAGGGUCAGGACUCUCCUAAGACUAGGCAAAGAUUUCUGGAAACAUUGAAGGAUGGCAAGACAAAUAAUCUCGAAGACAAGCUUAGAACAUUCAUCAUACUAUACUUGACUUCCUCUACAGAAAUUCCGGAAACUUUCAUCAAACAAGUCGAAGAGUACUUUAAGUCUCAAGAUCAUGAUAUCCGAGCUUUGAACUAUAUUUACAAGUGCAAGGGACUAAUGAAGCUAUCAGCCAUGUCUUUACAGAACAAAUCAUUGGAGAGCGGUGAAUUCGAUGCUCGAAACCACGCCUCGGGCACCAGUUCAUCUGUGCUGCUCUCUGGUUUAUCAAACAAAUUAUACGGUCUUACAGAAGGUAAGAUUCAAGGGGGAGUUGGCUCGUUAAUCUCGGGCAUCAAGAAUUUUUUGCCGGAAAAGAAAACUAUACCCAUCACGAAUGUUGUAGAAGCCAUUAUGGAUCCGUUGAACAGCUCUCAGAAGAACCUGGAGACUACAGAUAACUACUUAUAUUUUGAUCCCAAGGUGAUUCGUGGUUCUCACAGCAAGAAACCCAAAAGACAGUCGUACAAUAAAUCCAUUGUAUUCGUUGUAGGAGGAGGAAAUUAUUUGGAAUACCAAAAUUUGCAAGAAUGGGCGCAUUCUCAGCCAGCUAGCACAAAGGGUGUGAUGUACGGCAGCACUGCCAUCAUUACCCCGGCGAAUUUUUUGAAUGAGAUGGCUUCCUUAAAAUGA